AUGUCCCUCCACAACGGCGCAUACAGCCAUCAAGGCUACUCAGCGCCGCCCUACAGCCAGGGAUAUCACCACCCGCCCGGGGGUCAAAUGUACGCCAACGGCCACAAUAACACACAACUCUACUACACACCCGACAACGACGCCGCAUCAUCAACGCACAGCACAUCCGCUCGGCACCAGCAGCAGCAACACUGGUAUGGCCAGCCCGGGCGGCCCCGCUCCGGCGGCAGCGCCUGCUCGCCCGAGACGGACCGCUUCAACCGGAAGAGGCGCCGGUGCACCUACAUGUACUACGUCCUGCGGCAGAUUGCCAUCAUCGUGCCGCUAGUCGUCAUGUUUCUCAACAUCAACAUCUAUGUUUCGAGGAGGGGAAAAUACCUCAACGACUCGACGAGCCCGGCGGACCCCAUCUUUUACACGCUGUGGCUGACUGUACCUAUCUCAUGUUUGCUGCUGAUAUGGUCGAUCGCGGCCGUGGUCUGUCGCAAGAGGACACCGUAUCGUGGCGGCAUCCCGAAGCACUUCCAUUUUGGCAUGGAGCUGUGCUUCGUGUUGGGGACGACCAUUUGCUGGAUCCUCCUCGUCAUCCAGAUCGAAUCCAAGAAGUCCAACGGCUACUAUGCAUAUCCGUAUAUUCAAUACGAGGCCGCUCUGGCGUUUCUCCUUGGUGUCAUGAUGAUGUCUGAAUUUGGACUCCUCGCUCGCGCCUGGUUCGAGUUCACCAACGACAGGACGCGACACGAGAACGAGGCCAUGGUGCAGGUUUGA